GACUCUCCUUCCUUUUAUAACCUUCUGUAGUUCCUCGUGCCUGGAUGACAAUUAUCCAGACCUGCACCGGUGUCAGCAGCUACGCCAGCCGUGGGGUCACGUGGAGGCAUGUUGCUAUGGGGACGCGGACGCACAACCUCAAGUGUUGGUGUUAGAGCCAGUGUUUCAAUUUGAUUGUUUCUGAACUAAAAACAGAGGCAACUAACGAUACUUCUUGAGUUAUUGGGCCGAACAUAUCAUGGCCAGUACCAAGGCCAGCAGUAAGGGAGCCAAAAAAGAGGGCAGAUGUCGGACCCCACCGGAAAAAAAAAAGACAAAAGGUCUAGAUGAAAACAAUCCACCUAUUCCAGAAGAGGCAGAGAAGGCUGCUGCAUUGAAAAGUGAUGAUAUUAAAAACCUCAUUAUACGUCCAGAGGACUUGGAAAAGCUGCAUGUUCCUAACCCACCAGCGCAGAAAGCACACGUUACCAGCAAAUUUCUGAUUCGCAAACACAAGCCUCGGGAUGGGGAAGAUGAGGUGCAGAAACCAAAAGUACAACUCCUUGUUGCUAAGCCAGCCCCCAGUAGUACUCAUCCAAAAGCAAUGGAUUAUUCAGGUCCUGGUGGCCCCCUGUUUGAUGUUCAUGGACAAAUUCUACCCCAUAGUAUUCUGGGUACUCUUGAAGAAUUUAAGCAAGAAGCUCUUGAACAAGGAAACAUUCAGGUUGCAGAGCUGAUCCCUGAUACCCCUCAUACCCAGCAUAACCUAGUGAGUUCAAGCAAGUAUAUUAGACAGAAACCAGAUACUGGCAAAACUCAGCAGCGGAGGAACCUGGGUCAGCACCAUUCCCUAGAGAACUGGCAGCGUCACAUGGCAGAGAGGAAGAAGCAACAAGGAUUCAUCUCCAGACUGCUUCAGAAACCAGUGAAGAAGCUGUUGAUGAAUCAGUCUGAGGAUUACAGGCUUAUUCAGGAACAACGGCAGCUGAUUGAUCACAGCAUCCCUACUACGGGCUAUGGGAAGGGUUAUCGUGUAGGAAGUGAAUUUUGGAGUCAACCAGAAAGAAUUGGAGAUAAGCUACAUGGGUUGAUGAUGACUUUAACUCGGACACAACGUGGAUAUCCUGAACCAUUAACACAUGUUGGGAGACCAUCACAAAUUCGCUUGGAGACAGGCACAGAGUUUGGUGAUGACAAGUCUGAUUACCGAUAUACCUGGGAUAAGAAUCUGUACCUUCUGCAACGGAGGGAAGAAUUGAAAGCUGUGUUGAAAGAACUGGACUUCAGUCAGCCAGAUAUAGAUGGUCUGGAAGUGAUUGGCACUGGGCAACCUUUUACCUCUGUUUCUGUGCAGUUUUUCCCUCGGGGCAAGGAACUGAGAAGUGAAACAGUAACCGACGAGAAGGAAAACAAAGAUCCCCUGGAAGAUUAUCCUGAAGUAAUUUCCGAAGCAAUCCACGGCCCUUCUCUCCAAUUCUGUAGACAACCUGCACGAUGGCUCGGGAACAGUUCUUCUUACCAGGGAGAAAUUGGUAUUGCUGCCAGGAUAACAUUUGAAGCAUUGACUGAAGAGAAGGCAAUAUCUAAACUCAAUGUGACCAAUGAUGGAACCACAGCAAUCUGGUACAACUGGCAACGUUUACCACAGGCGCAAAGCUUUAAAGACGUGCUUGGCGAGGUUCAGGUUCAGAGAUUUUAUUUUAACAUAGCAGGAGGUGUGAUAUUUCCAGGACAGACUAUCACAUUCACAUUCCUCUUCAAAUCCCCAAAUGCUGGUAUGUUUAAUGAAUUCUGGGAGUUUUGUACCCAUCCUGUAUUGUUGGGUGGGGCAUCAUUACAAGUCAGUUUACAUGGCAUUGCUUUAUCAGAAGAUAAGCUGGCCCAUGUGCGUCAGAGCCUGGAGGAAGAGCUGGAAGAUAGAGAAGCUUUGACCACAGUUGAAAGGCUAGUGAAUGAGCUACUGGAGGGAGUGCAGACUCCUGAACGACCUGCAACUCCUGUUAAUACUUAUAUCACAGAGGAAGAGCUCUUCUGCAGGAACAACCCUCAGCUCUACUAUAAGCAUUCUGUUGUGAAAAGCAUGAAGGAUCUUUGGGUGCAAUGCUUUCAGAGCCACAAGGAUGGUGAGAGUGUGGGUCCUCAGAGCCCAAUGGCAGGAACGGAAUGCAGCUGGAAUCUUUCUGUCCCUGAUUUCAAGCAGGCAUUGCUGUCAAUCCCAGAUGAAGCCUCCCGUGAUGAAGCUUUGGCAUUGCUGAAUAUGAAAUUACUUGAGCUCUGCUCACCACAGAAUGAUGGCUGGCAUGAUCUGCUUUACCAAAUUUGUUAUCAAAUAUGGCAAGAAACAAUGGAUCAACUAGUUGGCAUAUCCAUGUUGCUCAGAACCCUACUGGGGAUGCCAGAGAAGGAUUUGUGGGGAGAACCUAUUGUGGAGGACAUAGUGGACCACAAAAAAGUUACCAAAGGUGGGAAGGCUGAAAAGGAAGAAAAAAAAGCAAUGAUCCAACGAGAAGAAAAGAAGGGAGCAGCUGGAAAAGAUAAGGAUGAAAAGAAAGGAAGCAAACAGUCCAGCAAAGAGAAAGAGGAAAGACCUGGAAGCAAAAAAGGUAAAAUCAAAGAAGAAAAGAAACCUGGGAAAUCUCAGAAUAUACUGAAGGAAGGGAAAGAGCCACCUUGUUCACCAGACAGCAUGUUAUCAGAACGUGUAGAAUCCCGUCAGGAUCAACUAGAUCCAGUGCUUCAUGAAAAUUACAGAGUGAAAUUGUACACAGAGGUAUAUGGCCUUUUGGUUUCUAUGGUGGACAAAAUUACUGUUCUGUUCGAAGAUGUGAAAAGGAAAAAUUAAAGCACAGCAUAUGUAGACAUGGAGGAAUUUAAGUAUCUGUCUGAAAUGUCCAAAUACUAACUUUGCAGAGUGUAAAGUUUUAAGCUGCACAUUGAUAAAGUUCUUAAUAAAAAUGAAGUAUAAUCAAACCA